CAGCCUUUUCGGCGUCCAGGAGAUUUGAAGAUGAUGCGGCUGAGCGGCGGACCGGAUGAAUAAUUAGCUUCUAUCGUAGUCUGUUUUAUUUUACUUGCCUUGCUUUUUUCUUGCCAAACUGCUGUUUGAUGUGGAGCUUAAACAGGGGCUGAGCAGACAGUGGAAAAAACGACGACAGACGAGCGGCGGAGAGGAGUUGGGAUCACAUUGCACCGGAUGUCAUUACACGCUCCUUAAUAUCGAGGAUUCAAAACGACAGUCAUGGAGGUUGUUACGCAUCUUGUAAAUGAUUCAGUAGAAUUUUACAAAUGGAGCCUUACUAUAGCAGACAAGAGGGUAGAGUCCUGGCCCAUGAUGGCGUCUCCCUUCCCCACACUGGCCAUCAGCUGCCUGUACCUGCUCUUCCUGUGGGCGGGGCCCAGAUACAUGCAGGACCGCCAGCCCUACACGCUCAGGAAGACCCUCAUAGUCUACAAUUUCAGCAUGGUGGUCCUCAACUUCUACAUCGCCAAAGAGCUUCUACUAGGCUCUCGAGCAGCCGGGUACAGCUACCUCUGUCAACCUGUCAACUACUCCAAUGAUGUCAAUGAAGUCAGGAUAGCCUCCGCUCUCUGGUGGUACUACAUCUCCAAAGGGGUGGAGUUUUUGGACACAGUCUUUUUCAUCCUGAGGAAGAAGUUCAACCAGGUCAGCUUCCUGCACGUGUAUCACCACUGCACCAUGUUCAUCCUCUGGUGGAUCGGCAUCAAAUGGGUUCCUGGAGGACAAUCUUUCUUCGGUGCUACCAUCAACGCUUCCAUCCACGUCAUGAUGUACGGUUAUUAUGGACUGGCAGCUUUGGGACCGCAGAUGCAGAAGUACCUCUGGUGGAAGAAAUACCUCACGAUUAUUCAGAUGAUCCAGUUCCACGUGACCAUCGGCCAUGCGGGUCACUCCCUCUACACCGGAUGUCCGUUCCCCGCCUGGAUGCAGUGGGCCCUGAUAGGCUACGCUGUUACCUUCAUCAUCCUCUUCGCCAACUUCUACUACCACGCUUACCGACGCAAACCUUCCUCCGCACAGAAGGGAAGCAAAGCGGUCACCAACGGCACGGCGGCAGUCACCAAUGGCCACAGCCAGGCGGAGCAGGUGGAGGAUAACGGGAAGAAGCAGAGGAAGGGAAGAGCCAAGCGAGAGUAAGGAGGGAGGAGGGCUGGUGAUACACAGGGAGAGGACAGUGGCGAGUAGGGGGAGGGGAACGCAUAAGCUCCGAGCAGAUCAUUGCAGUUUGGUGUGUGGGUUUGUCUGCAGCAGCUCUGUUUGUUAACAGAAAAGAGAGUUUGGGGUCUCUAUAAACAUUUCAAAUCACACGCUGCUCAUGUAGGCUGUGCUGUUCUGUACGUUGCGGGCCACUGUGUAACCAAAAAUGUGCAGCAUCUUCUAAUUUAUCAGCCAAAAUUUACCUCCACCUUUUCUACUCCACUGUUUCUGAGCUUCCAUAGUCUUUAUAUGUUGAUUUUCUAGUGCUCAAAGAGUUUUAACUAAUUUGACUAUUACCAGCAAACAUGCAGGUUUGAACCCAUGUUUCUUUGGGAAAAUCUUUUUUUUUGUUCCAAAUAAAUUUUGGUAGUGUAGACCAACGACAAGAAGCUGCCAUCUGCUGUAUCCACUGAAUUUAACUCGCUGACGCAUCUCUGCAGUCCCAAACCGACGUACCUGUGCUCACAUGCUACUUCAGUUUGUUUUCGAUGUGAAUUUAAAAACUUGAUAUAAGCACUGUGGGUGGGCGGGGACUAGUUUCUUUUAGUAUUCAUGCAACUUCUCUGGGUAUGUUUGUUACUGGAUUAUUUGCUGUGCGAUGUAGCAAAGCUUAAUAUUUGUCUCACUGCCACUUAGGUCUGAAGAACAGUUCAGGACUGACAAUGUUUUUUUUUU